CCACAACGCACUCCCCAGCACUACUCUCGUCUUUGCUGGCCUUUUUAAACAUUGCUUGCGCUUUUCCUUUCCUUUUCCCGUUCCCUCGUCCCUUGUCGUGUUGUCCUCUUCCUCGCAUCCUCUCGUUCCGAUCCCCCCACCCUCACCUCCACCCCCAUCUCACUCAUCUCGCAUUCGCCCCUUUUUGUUCCUGUCCUCGUAUAGUCAGUCCUCAUUCCUGCUGUCUCAUCAGUUCAUGGUUCAUUCUAACUGAACCUUGUAUUCACUCUCGGAAAGAAAACCUCCACUACAGCAGCCCUUGCUUGAUCUGUCUCCCUUAUCCAACUCAAUUGCACACUUCAUAUCGCCGGCGCAACCUGGGUUUCCCAUGGUGUUGGCAUCCAAGCUCCCCUUGCCGGACGAAUGUAUCGACCUUAUUGUAGCCUACCUCGUCGACGAGCGACAGGCCCUCCAUGCCCUCGUCCUCUCGAGCCAGAAGCUCUUCCAGCGCACCGUCCCUGUGCUCUACAGGUCGCCGUUCCAGCUUAUCGAACAAUCACAUCGCUGGACCAGGGAUCAGAAAGAAGAGCGAUCUGCUGCGCUAUUGGCCUUGCUGCUCAGCUCUAAGGCCUCUUCACUAACAGCGCUGUCCAUCAAAAGCUCAAGACCCAUUGUAAGCCAUCGGCACCAGCAGCUACGUCCCCCGACCUUGGACUAUCUUCGAUUCUAUACCCUUCAAUACCAUGUCGAUCUUCUGGGGCCCUUGGCCAUCCUCCAGCAUUUGACUUAUGAAAAGCACAUGUACAUACUGGAUGUCAGCAAGAGCAUGACAGAGCUACAGAACGACGUCGCCAUGUCCCUGGUCGAGUACCGUCCUGAGGAUAUCAAGGUCAUUGGUCAACCAAUUGCUCGCGCCCCAUUGGUCCUUGUGCCCCUUCUACAACGGCUACGCAACCUCGUGCGCCUGGAACUUUCAGAGAUCCCAUACGGCUGCAAACUCGAGCCCAUUCUGGAGUUCAUACGAGUCCACGAUGCGACCCAUCAUACGCUCAAGGAGAUAAAAAUCAAGGGAAGCGAGGACUUGAACCGGCAUCUGAUACCAACCCACUCGCAGCUCGUGCGCCUCAUCCAGGCGAUGCAGACACCCCAGGUCGUCGAUGCAAGGCAUUGGAGAGAAGCCAUUCUGGUGCUUGAUCAGAUCCCCGUGGAUUGUUUGCGUACCCUACUACUAGGUAUGGCAGACAUACCUCCAAACAAUAUCUCCGUCGUUGACUAUCUAUCGCUAUGCACGUGUCUGGAGGAACUGAGGAUGCCGAUUCGAGACGAGAAGCUAUUCGCGUGGGCGGUUGAAGAGCGGCAAAAGAUGGGGCUGGACCGUAAUGGUAGUGCCCUUCCCAGAUCCAGAUCCUUACCACCACCACUAAUAACAACAACAACAACAAUAACGGCGACAUCGAACAUGACCUCGGAUUCUGUCUAUUUGGCCCCGUCUCACCACCCAACGUCAGGAAUUACAGGGAGGUCGUCACCCUUCUUAAUGCCAUCAUCAGCAUCUGCUACAUCGUCGUCCAUAUCGCUUCUGUCGCCGUCACCAUGGCAAUUGAGGCACCAUUAUCAUCCAGAAUGGCAUGCCUUUGAACAGCAGCAUGGACUGGCGCGUCUCAAGUCCAUUGAGCUCUGUGGCGAAGAUCGGUGCCUGAUCCCUGCGCUCAGCGACGCGACCGACGCGUUCCGGGAUUCGCUCGAGUGCCUCAAGGCUCAGUCACUGGCGAUCUUGAUGACCACGGCUCCGAUUUUGAACUUCAUGCCCUUGACCUGGUCCUGGCCCCUCCCACGGCUCACUAUUUUGGAUCUGGAAGGCGAGGUGGCGUCUGCAUUUGACUUUGCGGCGCUGAGAUACUGCCCUGCGUUGUUAACGCUGCGGCUCUCCUUACCACCGUAUAUGUAUUCUACCAGCGAAGAUGGUCAUAUACUGGUGGAGAUGACGGCGAGGAUGUCACAGAUCUGUCUGGCAACAAACUUGCUGGACCUGGAGCUGCAGGGCAAGUGGCCUGUUUCGGAUGAACUUUUAGGAAUGAUGGCAAGGCAGAUGAGGCGGCUGACAAAGAUUUAUAUCGUGAGCUGCUCUGAGUACACGACGGAGGGCGUGCAGGUUUUAGUCAGAGAGCUGAAGCACCUGAAGUCGCUUGCGAUCAGCAGGUGGCUAUACAAGCUGCAGCCCACGCGACUGCAGGUAAUUAAGUCCCUGAAUCCGCAACUCGAGCUAGUGGAGGAGUAAGUGUAGAGUUCGGCCGCCUCAAGGAUAACACUUGGUUUACAUAUAAUAAAAGGAACAAGGGUGUACAC